UUAAUCUGUCAUGCCAAUAACACUUAAUAUAAUCAUAAAAUUAUAUUUACUAAUUAUAAUUACAAUGUCCGCCCACAGCAGACCGGGGGCGGGGCUUGCUACUGCGUGUUCUUGUGCAUCGUAAUAUAAACAAUCGCGCUAAGUUUGUAAGAACAAUGUUUAAAUUUUGUCACUGUUUUAGGGCCUUUCUCAUAAUUAUUUUAGUAUUUGCUCAGAUUUAUUUGAGCUGAGAGGUUGAGAAGUAUUGUGCUAAGCAUAAUACAAAGUUCAAUACUUGUUAUACAGCUCAAACAAUAUACUCUAAUGUGUUUACUUGAACCAGGAUAAUCGACUAAACUUAUUAAAACAAUCUUCUCACCUUAAAAGUACAUAAAAAGUUACGCGCUGAACGUCAUUACGUUUGAGCCACGUGAUACCAGGACGUUCCUAGGUCCUUUGCACUCUUAGGAACUAGCCACUACCCUCUCGGAAGAUCUGUUGCUGUGGGAAAGAUUAACUGGCUGGCACGGAGUCUCACAGACCACUCCACGUCUUCUGUGGGCAUUUUUAACUAGAUGGGCAAGAAAAGCAGAGUGAAAACCCAGAAGUCUGGGGGUGGAGCUACAACCGUGGUGUCCCCCAAAGAAAUGAUGAGCCUCGUUAAUGAACUCCUGCAGAAAUGCAGUAGUCCAGCUCCUGCUCCUGGAAAGGAAUGGGAAGAAUAUUUACAAAUACGAUACCUGGUUGAGAAGAUUCGCAAAAAACAAAAAGGUUUGUCAGUUGUCUUUGAGGGAACAAGAGAAGAUUAUUUUCCGGACCUGAUGACAUGGGCCAAAGAAAAUGGUGCUUCUUCAGAAGGGUUUGAAAUCGCAUACUUUCCACUGGAAGGGUAUGGUUUGAAGGCAGCAAGAGAUAUUAAGAGUGAAGAAUUGUUUCUUUGGAUACCUAGAAGGAUGUUGAUGACUGUUGAGUCAGCUAAAAAUUCUGUAUUAGGUCCAUUGUACUCUCAGGACAGAAUCCUGCAAGCUAUGGGAAAUAUCGCCUUGGCAUUCCAUCUCCUUUGUGAGCGUGCAGAUCCAAACUCCUUCUGGCAACCCUAUAUUAAAACUCUUCCUAGCGAUUAUGCAACUCCGCUUUACUUUGAAGAGGAAGAAGUCCAGUACCUACAGUCAACACAAGCUAUUCAUGAUGUCUACAGCCAGUACAAAAACACGGCUCGCCAGUAUGCAUACUUCUACAGAGUUAUCCAGACCCAUCCAAAUGCCAGCAAACUGCCCUUGAAGGAUUCAUUCACUUUUGAUGACUACAGGUGGGCUGUUUCUUCUGUUAUGACACGACAAAACCAAAUCCCAACAGAAGAUGGUUCACGGGUUACCCUGGCAUUGAUACCGUUAUGGGACAUGUGCAACCACACUAAUGGACUGAUUACUACGGGGUAUAAUUUAGAAGAUGAUCGCUGUGAAUGUGUGGCAUUGCAGGAUUACAGUGCUGGGGAACAGAUCUAUAUUUUCUAUGGUACUAGAUCAAAUGCAGAAUUUGUGAUCCACAAUGGCUUUUUCUUUGAUGGAAAUGCACAUGACAGAGUGAAAAUAAAACUUGGAGUAAGCAAAAGUGACCGGCUAUAUGCAAUGAAGGCAGAGGUCUUGGCUCGUGCUGGCAUCCCAACUUCCAGCGUGUUUGCUUUACACUGCAGUGAUCCACCAAUUUCUUCACAGCUACUGGCUUUCCUGCGAGUAUUUUGUAUGAGUGAAGAUGAACUGAAGCAUCAUUUGAUGGGGGAGCAAGCAAUCGAUAAAAUAUUCACCUUGGGAAACUUCGAGUUUCCCGUUAGCUGGGAUAAUGAAAUCAAACUCUGGACAUUUCUUGAAACAAGAGCAUCCCUUCUCUUAAAAACCUAUAAAACAGAUAUCAAGGAGGAUAGCUCUUUAUUAGAGAACACUGAUCUGUCUUUCCCUGCAAGAAUGGCCAUCAGUCUACGUUUAGCUGAGAAGGAGAUCCUAGAAAAAGUUGUGAAGAGUGCAGUAACUAAAAGAGAGCAUUUUGAGAAACAUCUUAAGGAAGGAACCCCACUCCCCAAAUAUGAAGAAAAUAAUAUUGCCUUGCUGGAAAACACUGUAACAGAUUCUAAGCUUCCUAUUGUGUUGAGACAGUUGGAUGGGGAAGCAGAUGAGGAUAGUGAGAUGUUAAAUGUUAUUACUGAAGUCGAUGGCCCCAGUAGUGAACUUAUAAAUGGAAAGGACUUUGUUCCUAAUGGCAGUCAGUCUAAAAGUGAUACUCAUCUAGAUCCAAAGGAAACUGGCAAAAAGUCAGCAGAUGCCAAAGAAUCUCUUGCAGAGGGCAUUGAAGAGCGUAAAUAACAGCAAAACAUGCCUGUUGUGAUCUCUGAAACGGAAGUUGAUAGAACUUUAUGAACAUUAAACUUAACGUUGCGUGCAGUUGAUACGCCUGUUUAAACAAAAACAUAGUUACCUGCUGCUUCUAAGUAAGAAAAGUAAAUUCCUAUUUUUUUAAGGACAGUUGAAUAUUUAAUGUCCCGUUUCUGUAAACAAAUCUUCAUCGCCUUUUAAAUAGAAUGUCCACGUUAUAUUUUCAGUUUGUUUUGUUGAAAAGAACUGCACCAGUUUUAGGAAGAGAUGUUUUAUGCCACUGCAGGUUUGCAAAUGCUGAAGAAUAAGGUGUUUGCGUUUUUCCGUAAUAAUGACAUUUAAGAAAUUCAAGGAAUAUAUUCCUAUUUGUGUGCCUCUUUUUGUGCAAGGAAGUAUGUGUCAGCACAGUGUCUCGUUUACUUUACCCAAGGAAAACAAAAAACAGCAAGAGAAUGGACGUGAGUUGAGGUUGCAUUACAACUCUGUGAUGCAACAUUUUGAUUUCUGUGAUCAUCAGUAGUGCAGAUUCUUAUUUUCUGCAGAUUUUGUAUAUAUUUGAAUUCCAAAUUUUAAAAUGCAUAAAGGUUCAUUCCAGUUACUAAAUGAACUCCUGUCUUCUUCACUUUAGUAGAAGUGGUGUUGCAGCAGGAAUAUCAGACUUGAAAAAAAUCUUAAAAUUUUUCAGAUCCCUUCCAUUUCACAAAAAUACCCAGCAGACUAAAUAAACUGCAGUCCAUCCAAAUGUCUAAGAAGUGCAUGCUGAUAUGUGGGUGCCACUCUGUGCAUGUAAGAAUUAACAGAAAAUGGUGCAGUUAGUAAAACACUGCUGCUGUGUAUAUUGUCAGUCUUCUAAAGGAUACCAUGCGUCAUUCCAGAACAUGUUGUAUGAAAGGAAUUACAAGGCUGUUUUGGUUGGUAUUGCCAUUAAGUGAGUGAAUGACUGCUCAGGGAAGAGAGGUGGUAUGCUGGAUACAGAAUGAGUUUUCUCCUGUCACUUUCAAACUGUGACUUUACUGUAAAAGCCAUGUAGAGAUUAGUGAUUAUUCACCUUAAAUGGGAAACAAUUUUUUUUCUGUAAGCUAGCACAUUGACAGAGGGUUAUUAAAAUAGUUGCAUGGUUUAAUCUCAGUCUGCUUUUGCAGGAGUCUCUAAACAUGCUGAUUACUGCCUGCAUCUGAGCAGUGUAGCAGUAGGUCUUUUGUUGUUUUUGCCUGUGUAAAGAACACUCGAUAACCUGGAUGCACAUUUUGUUCCACAAAUCCAUUGCUUAAAUCCAUUUUCAUAGUUUGCACUUUGCAAAUUCAGCAGUUGCAACAAUUAUUUAACAAUACUAGUUAGUCUUUGUCUGUUGUGAUUUAAGGCCUUGUUAAACAUGGUUGGAAAAAGUGUAAAUUGCAGACCUGAUAUGCAGAACAUUCAGUUUUGCAGCUUAAAAGCAAAGCAGGUACUGAUUUGUGGUGCGUAAUUCAAGUCUACAGAAUUAAAUUUGUACAGAGGUUCCUAUGUACUAUGCAUUCUUUGUACCACAAUAUUGCACAUGUAUUUAAUUACUUAGUAGUUAACUGGAUAAAUGAUCUGGUGAAUGGCUGAAAUGAUGCCCCUUUCAGCCACAGACAACUAUAUAGUGGAGAAAAUGCAUAAAACAUGGGGAACAAAGUCCACAAAGACAAAAGUUGGAAUUCAGGAUUGAACCCCUGUAUAUUUAGCCAAGAGACUGAGAUCUUCCCAUACUUACAGCAUGCAGUGCUGCCCAGCUGGAGAUAGUUGCCACGUUUUGAUGGUACUCUGUGCAAUAAACUAUGAUGCUUUCUGUCACUCUCCAAUUGCAAAAUGCCCACAGGUAAGCCGAGAGAGAGAAUGCUAAAAUGCUAAUUUCUCAAAGGAAAUUACUUCUGUAAGACAGGCUGGUUUCAUUUUUGGCAGGUUUCUGUUAAAGUCCGUCCAUACUGUCUGUCAUUGCUCAUUAGUUUCAUAAAAUGAAUCAUUGUUAAAGUAUCUUAGCAUAACCUAUUAAAACAAAACCUUUCCCUGCAAACAUAAUCAUAAUAAUAAUGAUAAUGCAGGCCAGGGACCAUUUUUGAGAAGCAAAGAUUAUCUGUGCACUGUUAAGUCCUUGUUUAGGCUGUGUUUUGUUUGAAGUUGGAUUGAUAAAUAUGUGGAACAUUUUUCCACAAAGAUGAUGAUCUUAACAUGCUAAGAUGAUUAACUAAAUGCUCCCUCGCUAUUGAUACUAUAGCGGUACCAGCCUUAUCAUGUAUUAGUCGUUAUGCAACUUAUUUUUGAGCCAAAUAUUAAGCACCUUUCAAACUGCCAUUAAAACUGCACAGCUUAGAUAGGGGAAAUGCCAGUAGGUUUGCAUAUUUAAUGUUUGGACUCGCUAAUGUUUUCACUUGUUUUAAACUGCUGCAUAAGCACAAAGUCCCUCUGUAAAUUUGAUGUGCAGAACCAUUUCCGUACCUAAGCUAGUAGAGUAGGUAUUUUUCAUCUGUUGUGCUAUGUAAUUGACAUGGAUGGACUGUAGUGUGCUUAUGGAUUGCCGUUGCUCUACCAUAGUAAAUGGGCAUCAGUCCUUUUCUAGGACAAGGCUGAAUGAUUCUGAAUGUUGAGGUCAAUAUAAAGAAGAAAAAACAAAAAAUAAAAAUAAAAACCUGAAGACAA